GGUAUUUUUUUUGGAAUAUUUGUUCAGAACAUGUCAUCGUCAUAGAAACAAUGGCAGAAACUUUCGAUAGAAAAAGAAAGACCAGUCGACCGAUUCUUCGGAUAUCUUUGAUUAUUUUCAACGUUGUGUUUUGGUUCUCUGGUCUGGGUAUUCUGGGGUUAGGUAUCUGGCUGAUGUUGACGGGCGAGGGACUCCGAGCGGCCCUGGAGCCGGGCCAACUCACCAUCCCCACAUACCUGCUUUUGGUGCCCGGCGCAGCUUCCGUCGUCGUCGGCGUCAUUGGGUGUCUUGCCGUGUUUGGAGCUAGCAGGGGAUUGUUAGCUUUUUAUUCGGUAUGUGUGUUUUGUCUGUGUGCGGUCAGCACUGCAGCGGCGGUGAAAACUUUACUGCUGCACGAUAAUAUAUCUUCGUCUGUUUUAUACUGGCUUGAAACUUCCAUGAAGUACAAGUAUUGUUCAAACGAAGAUUCCAAAAUAGCACUCGAUAAAAUUCAAAAAGAGUUUGAGUGCUGUGGUGUACACGACCAUACCGAGUGGUACAGUGUUGAUCGUGAUAGACGGACGUGCCACACGACACAGUCAGACCGAUGGGCGCUGCCGGUCUCCUGCUGCAUCGAUCAAACAAAAUGUAAUAGGAACAACAGUAUACAGACACCGGACAAUAUAUACAUGAGGGGCUGCCUGGCUCCUGUGUCGGAUAGUCUUUCUCUCAUAUUAAAUGUGAUAGGCUGGACAAGCACAAUCUUUGCUGCUUUCCUGAUUCCUGGAGGCACCAUGGCCUGCUGUUUUCGCGUUUCGUUGAAGCGUUUAUGAUCCUGUGUACAAUAUGGACACUUUCGUUUUUCGUUGUAUAUAAAAUGCGUAUUAAAUUUCACAUGUCUUUCUG